GAUUCAUAGCAUUACUUUUAAAUUGAAAGAGGUGUACAGUGCCUCUAACCUCAAAUUAAUGUUAUUGUUUAGUGCCCUUCAAGACAUUCGUAUUAUUUAGUUUAAUUUUGGUUGUUUGUUUGAUAGUUAUCGCCAGUAAUUACCUAAUUCCCAUUACAAACGCGAAAUCGACCAGAUCAGAACAUACCCACGUUUGUAAUGUAUUUGCGAUAAGGCAGAGCGCGAGUUUUGGGGGAGGUUUCAAGCCAUUUGGCACUUAAACCGUAAUGCAGGAUAGCAUUAAUUCCACAUAUUCGCAGGAUGUCGGUGAAAAUGAGGCUUACAUCAGGCCCAAAAGGUUCAGGAACGUCCCCUCAGCGAGUAACAUGGAUGAUCCAGAGGAUACAGACGCAAUCCUGACCCAGCAAUGGAGCAGCGAAAACCUGAAUCUGUUGCAAUCAGUAAGAAGACGGGUGGAAAUCAGCAAGGAAAAAAUUAACGUUGGCUCUUUAAACGUUUUAUCUGCCAAAUAUGAGAGCUUGGACUAUGAUACAUGCGAGAACUAUCUGUUGCUCGACGAAGAAAGAAAGAAAGGCUUCAAAUUCCUGGUGCAAAAGAACAUCGCGCGUUGGUUCGUUUUCCUGCUAAUCGGCAUGUUCACUGCCUUAGUGGCUUGCAUUAUAGAUAUUUCCAUUGAGGAACUGAGCGAAAUCAAGUACGCAAAACUCAGCAAAUACGUAGAUAACUAUGUCAUCCAAGGGGCUCUCUAUAUUCCGUAUUUCUACUGGUUACUGUUCAAUAUAAUCCCAGUUCUGAUUGGAUCAGUCCUGGUGGCGUACGUAGAACCAAUCGCUGCAGGCAGCGGAAUACCCCAAGUCAAGUGCUACUUGAACGGAGUGAACAUCCCCAGAGUGGUCCGCAUUAAAACUCUCUUUGUGAAGAGCAUCGGAGUAAUUUGCUCCGUUGUUGGAGGCCUGGCUGGAGGAAAGGAAGGCCCGAUGAUUCACAGUGGCGCUGUGAUAGCUGCUGGUAUUUCGCAAGGAAAAAGCACGACGCUGAAUCGGGAUUUUGGGAUUUUCAAGUAUUUUCGUGAAGAUCACGAGAAAAGAGACUUUGUCUCUGGAGGAGCAGCUGCUGGGGUUGCCGCAGCCUUCGGAGCUCCAGUCGGCGGUGUUCUAUUUUCACUGGAAGAAGGCACCAGCUUUUGGAACCAAAGUCUCACAUGGAAAACGUUCUUUGCAUCUAUCGUGUCCACGUUCACCCUCAACGUAGUGCUCUCUGCUUAUCACGGGGCCCCCGGCAACCUGUCCUUUCCCGGGCUGUUCAAUUUGGGCGAGUUCGAGUCGUUCACUUACCAGAUGUUCGAAAUUCCCUUCUUCAUUAUCAUGGGCGCCUUUGGGGGUUUGCUGGGCGCCCUUUGGAAUCACAUCAAUUAUAAAAUCACGGUAUUCCGAAUGCGGUAUGUUCGACAACCUGGGCUUAAAGUGAUUGAGGCGUGCGUGGUUGCAGCAGUAACAGCAACCGCGGGUAUUCUGAUGAUGUUCCUGAUUAAUGACUGCCGGCCUCGGGGACAAGAUCCCACCAAAUAUCCCACGCAGUUAUACUGCACAGACGGACAGUACAAUGUUCUAGCCUCCAUCUGGUUCCAAACGCCUGAGGCUUCGGUUAGGUCACUGUUCCAUGAUCCGCCCAAUACGCACAAUGCCUUCUCAUUGGCUGCUUUUGUGGUAGUUUACUUUGUUCUCGCCGCCUGGACCUUUGGAUUGGCUUCUUCCAAUGGAUUGUUCAUCCCCACCUUGCUGACCGGAGCUGCGUGGGGUCGCAUGGUUUCCAUUGGGUUGUGCUACAUUUUUCCAGACGCCGAUAUUGUGUAUCCAGGAAAGUACGCACUGAUAGGUGCGGCAGCCCAAUUAGGCGGCGUAGUCCGCAUGACCAUAAGCCUGACCGUUAUUUUGAUGGAAUGUACUGGAAACAUCACCUUUGCGUUGCCAUUGAUUAUUACAGUGAUAUCGGCCAAAUGGACUGGCGAUUUUUUCAACGAGGGUAUCUACGACACUUUGAUCCAAUUGGCCGGAGUCCCUCUGUUGCCUUGGGAACCGCCACCUGUAGUGAACAACAUCUAUGCCAGUGAAGUGAUGUCACAUCCGGUGGUGACGCUGAAAUGUGUGGAAAAUGUCGGCCAUGUGGUCGAGCUGCUCAAACUGACCAGCUAUAACGGGUUUCCCGUCGUUGAUCCUCCACUAUCCGAUCAAAGCGAGGUCACCACCUAUGGACGGAUACGAGGGUUGAUACUGAGAUCUCAACUAAUUGUGAUAUUAAAACAGAAGCUGUUCAAUGAAACCAGUGAGCACUGGAGCGAAUUUAGCGCCAGUCUUUUUAGGGACCAAUAUCCUAGGUACCCGUGCAUCGAGGAUCUACAUUUAGAAGACGAAGAGAAAACUUACUCAAUAGAUUUAAGGCCCUUUAUGAACCCAUCACCUUACACAGUUCUUCAUUCCACGUCACUGCAAAGGAUGUUCAGGCUGUUUAGGGGAUUGGGAUUGAGACAUUUGCCCAUAGUAAAUGAUGUGAACGAGGUGAUAGGCAUGGUAACAAGAAAAGAUCUUGCCCGGUAUCGAAUGUGGAAACAUCGCGGAAGAAUGGGCGUGGAAGAGUUACUAAUCUUCAAGGAUAUGCAGGGCUGAGCAUCAAUCAGUAUUUCGAAAUAACGGAUUAUUUUAUAAUCGUUCUCUUUUUAUCGUUAUGACCUGACGUUAAGUUUCACUGAGAAAGCUAUAUACUUUAUAAACUGUUUACAUGAAACCCUAUUAUAAAAA